AUGGACAAAAGUUGGAUGACGAAGUGGAGAGGUUCGAGGGAGUAUAUGGAAGGGGCCGAAGCGUUCGUGAAGUAUGCAGUUACGAACUCCAUAAAUAAAAAUUCAAUUGUGUGUCCAUGCAAGAAGUGUUGCUUGAACAGGAGCCUACGGCCAGAAGAAGUAUAUGAUCAUUUAACCGGUGGAAGGGGAAUUAUGCCUAAUUACACUGAAUGGAUUUGGCAUGGGGAGAAGAUUAGGGCUCCUGUACCUAAUAAAGUACCUGCUGUUGAAUCUCCCAAGCCGGCUCCAGCUGCAAAUAGUAUACCAAUACCCGACAAGUCAAGAACGAUGCAGUCCAUGUUGCAAGAUGUUUUUGGCAUGCAUAAUAUUCUGGCAGGCGAUGGUGAGUGUCAAGUGGAAGUGCAAGCCGAUUAUGUACCUGAAGCAGUUGAUGAAGAGAUCGAUGAGAGUGCCAAGAAAUUCUACAACUUGGUUCAGGAUGCAGACAAGCCACUUCAUGAUAAAACACAAUAUAGCAAAUUGUCAGCUAUUGUUCAUCUAUACAACUUGAAGUGUGUUGGUGGAUUCAGUAAUACAAUUUUCACAUCUUUGCUUGAGUUCAUCAAUGAGAUAGUACCAACAGAUGAGCCAGCUUUGCCUAAAAGUAUGUAUGAAACGAAAAAAUAUUUAAGAGACUUUGGGCUUGGAUAUGAAAAGAUUCCGGCUUGUCGAAAUCAUUGUAUGUUAUUCUGGAAGGAAAAUGAGAAGUUAGAUACAUGUACAAUGUGUGGAGCAUCAAAGUGGAAGGACGAAAUUACUGAAGAAGAUGGGUCAUCCCGAACAUUGAAGAGACGGCCGGUAAAGGUGUUGCGGUGGUUUCCAUUGGCUUCAAGAUUGCAAAGGUUGUACAUGUCACAACAUACCGCUUCCCACAUGAGGUGGCACGCUGAUGGGCGCACAAAAGAUGGUGUGCUCAGGCAUCCGGCAGACGGUGAAGCUUGGAGAGCAUUUGAUACACUACACCCAAACUUUGCAUCAGACCCACGGAAUGUUAGGCUUGGUCUAGCGUCGGAUGGUUUUAACCCUUUUGGGAACAUGAGCACAAGCCACAGUACUUGGCCUGUCAUGUUGGUUCCAUACAACCUACCUCCUUGGAUGUGUAUGAAACAACAAUAUUUCAUAUUAUCUAUGAUUAUUCCAGGCCCAACUGCACCAGAUUUAUCUGGAUGGAGUACUAAGGGUCCAAGGGCAUGUCCUUGUUGUAUGCAUUCAACGGGGUCAACAUGGUUGACAUACGGGCGUAAAUAUUGUUAUAUGUGGCAUAGACGAUGGUUGCCUGCUGAUCAUAAGUGGCGACAGAUGACAAGAACCUUUGAUGGUAAACAAGAGUUGGGUGCUGCUCCUGUUAUUCCAAAUGGCGGUGAAAUCUUACAACAAUUACAGGGACUUGAUGUUGUUCAUGAAGACAUAAGAAGGGACAAACGACAAAAAACUGUGCAACAAGGUCAUGGGGCAAAUGCGCAAGCGGUAUGGAAGAAGAAAAGUAUUUUUUUCACAUUGCCCUAUUGGAAGGAUAAUUUGUUACGACAUAACCUUGAUGUGAUGCUCAUCGAAAAAAAUGUGAUGGAUAAUAUCAUUGGAACCCUAUUGGACAUGAGUGAAAAAACAAAAGACAACCACGCAGCACGUUUGGACUUAUGUAAGAUGGGUUUGAGAAAAACACUUCAUCCAUUCACUAAUGAGAGAGGCAAAACAUAUCUACCUGCGGCAUGCCACACGAUGUCUAAUGAGGAUAAAAUUAAUUUUUUAAAAGUGAUAAAAAAUGUCAGAGUACCCGAUGGAUAUGCCUCCAAUGUGUCCCGUUGUGUGAACCUUAAAGCCCGUACCAUUGUUGGUAUGAAGAGUCAUGACAACCAUAUACUCAUGCAACAACUGUUGCCAAUAGCUUUGCGUGGAUCCUUGGAAAAGAAGGUUGUGAAACCUUUGAUAGAGUUGUCUGCAUUUUUUAGGGGUAUAUGUUCGAAAACAUUGACGGAAGAAGAUCUAGCCCGACAUGAAGCUGAAAUCCCUAUCAUAUUGUGCAAGCUUGAACAAAUAUUUCCUCCGGGCUUCUUUACAAUUAUGGUUCAUGUUGUCAUACAUUUGGUUCGUGAAUGUCGACUUGGUGGACCGGUACAUUAUCGAUGGAUGUAUCCGGUUGAGAGGUCCCUUGGACGGUACAAAUCCCUAGUACGCAAUAGAGCUGCACCUGAGGGUUCUAUAGCGGAAGGUUACUUAGCGGAUGAAAUGCUCACAUUUUGUUCAUGGUACUUCGAGAACGCAUUCACAGUCCACAAUAGGCCUCAGAGAAACCCUGAUGAGGCUAGGGGAGCGAUAACACGAGUCAAUCAAAUGGACCAAACACGUAGAAUUGAGUUAGGGGAUAAGCUUGUAUGGCAUUCUAAAGGGCCAAUUGAAACGGCCUUCGAAUAUAACCGAUAUGUGGUUAACGGCAAUCUGUUUCGCACUAUGGCCCAAGAUGAAGGAAAAACAACUCAAAACAGUGGCGUGUGUGUGCCUACAGUUGAUGGCGAUACCUAUUAUGGGAAGCUAACUCGAAUAAUCGAGGUAGAGUAUUAUGACACGACUAGCCUAAUACAUACGGGAGAUAACAUUUUGGAUGAUCCGUACGUAUUAUCUUCACAAGUAUCCCAAGUAUACUACGUCCAUGACGACAGAAACCCAGACUGGUGUUGCGUAGUAAGGACUAAACCGAGAAACAUGUAUGAUGUUGGUGAGGGGGAAUGGAACAAUGAUGAAGAUCUCAACUACCAUGAGAGUGAGCCAUUAAAUUUGAACAUUAAUCAAGAUCCUAAUGAUAUUGAUUACGGUGAAGACCUUCAUUAUUCCCGUAGCGACAUACCUGCGUUCGAAAUUGAUAUGACAAACAAGCCACCUCCAAAGAAGAAAGUUUUUUUGCGAAUCCCAAUACGACUAUUUUCAGAGUCUACACCUGAGGUAGAGACAUCUCAGCAUGUAGAUGAGAUAGAUCAUGAUGAUCGCCCACCUUCUCCGAGUGCAAUCAUGGUUGAGGAGCCCUUACAGGACAUCAUACAGACUGAGCGGGAACGAGCUCAGUCUCAAGAGUCUGAGGGGGAACGAGCUCAGUCUCAAGAGUCUGAGAGGGAGCGAGCUCCCACACAAGAGUCUGAGAGGGAACAAGAUCCCAAUAUUGGCGUACAAUUGGAUAGUCGACAAGUCCGUACGAUAGAUACGGAUAACAAUUUCCACAUCAGAGAUGUUGUCUCUCCAACCGCCCUUUGGACAAUACCUGCGGGCGAGAAGGUGGUCGUCGAUUUUAAUGCAACAUGGCAGCCAAUUGGUACGAGUGGCAUGAAAUUUAGCCGGCUAGGAGCGAAAUAUGUUCGGAGUGGACUUAUGGGCCGCCCUAAUGGUAUGUAA